AUGCCUGCUGUCGAAAUUCGAGCUGUCUCUGAGGAGGAACUAUCUUCCUGGGGUUCCAAGAUCCGUGAUCCCUCAAUCCCCUUGGUAGAACGUGCUCACGCAAUGUGGGGUCUUCGUCACGCAAGGGAGCCCCUAGCAACUCGCUUGCUGGCCGCCUAUGUCACUGAGGUGCACCCUCCCGAGCCCGGGUCCAACGCUCUCCUUCAACACGAAGCUGCCUAUUGUCUCGGACAACGUGGUGACCUUUCGGCCAUCCCUGACCUUGAAAAGGCCCUCCGCGACCCCAAUCAUGAGCCUAUUGUGAGACAUGAGGCAGCGGAAGCUCUUGCAGCCCUUGCUUCCACGCCUGGAGCGGAUAUUGAGUACAUUAAAAGUGUUCUCAAGGAAUUCAGGAAUAUCAACAUCGUCGCGGUGGCGGAAACAUGUGAAGUCGGUUUGGGUCGAAUUGAGUGGUUACAACGUCCGGAGAAGAUUCCAGAUCCAGUCGCUGAACGAGCAGAAUCGGAAUUUCCAAAUACUGUCGAUCCUGCUCCAUCCUUUGAGCCCUCCACAGUACAUCCCAUUUCCGAAUUGCGUCGAAUUCUCCUUUCAACUUCUGAACCCCUAUUCGCUCGUUAUCAAGCGCUUUUUUCACUUCGUAAUGCUGCUGUGAUCACCGCGAGUGGGAGAUCUGAACCCUCCAUUCAUUUCCCCGAUGUUGUUGAAGCUUUGUCAGUUUCACUGGCGGCUCCAGGCUCAGCCUUACUCCGGCAUGAGGUCGCCUUCAUUCUUGGACAACUGAGCAUCUCCCGUACCGGCGAUUCGCUUAUUGAACGACUACAAGAUCAUUCCGAGGCCCCUAUGGUGCGUCAUGAAGCGGCUAUGGCCCUAGGAGAGGUCGCGGGCACUGCUGAAGUCGAUGAAAAGGAGGGACGCUGCGAUGGUGAUUGUAAUGGAUUGGCAGAACGAGCCCGCAAGGCACUGCUGGUCGGCUGCAAGGAUCCUGAACCGAUUGUGAGAGACUCCUGUGCUCUUGCUCUCGAUAUGGCUGAUUAUGUGGCAUCGAGUGAAAGGUUCCAAUUCGCUGAGGUUCCCACUAAUUAA